AGGAGCUGCCUUUCUUCUCCAUCAUAUUGGACGAAGAUGGCGACAAGAGAAAGAAGAGCAUUCACCAUGAAAGUAAAUGAUGUUACAGCUGAUGACAAACAUCCGCCACAAAUCGUUGCAAAGGAAGUCAUCGCAUCCACAAGAUGGCUGCAGCUUGUCAAACUGACUUGGAGGGAUGGAAGAGGAGGCGUCAUGCAGUGGGAUGCGGCUGAGCGUCCUGGGUUCAGCCCUUCAGGCCCCCCCUUUAUGUCUCCGCAAGCCAGUGCUGUUGCCAUCCUCCCUAUCGUUCGCCGCGCAGGCUUUGACUCCGAAGUUGUCCUCAUCACUCAAUUCCGUCCUGCGCUAGGAAAGAUAUGCAUAGAGGCGCCUGCCGGUCUGGUGGAUCCCAACGAGAAGGUGGAGGAAGCAGCGACCCGCGAGCUGCUGGAGGAGACUGGCUUGCGAGCUGGGAAGGUGCUGGAUGAGGAUGAGACAGCUCUUUGCAAUGACCCAGGCAUCACCAACGCGGCAUGCAAACUUAUCAUUGUAGAGGUUGACGGGGACACGGAAGAAAACAGAGCGUCGUUGAAGAGAGGAGAGGAAGGGAAGCUCUUCGGAGUAGCAGAGGAAGGAGAAGCGAUCCAAGUGCUCCGACUGCCUCUCAAGAACCUCAGGGGUCAACUUAACGAAAUGAUCGCCCAAGGAAUGGCCGUCGACGGAAAACUUCACUGCUUUGCU